AUGUCCAGGGAACAAGACAAGGAAGCGACCGUCUACGUUGGAAACCUCGAUGAGCGCGUGACCGACCAACUCGUCUGGGAGUUGAUGCUGCAGGCCGGCCGCAUCGUCAACGUCCAUCUUCCAAAGGAUCGCGUCACCCAAACACAUCAAGGCUUCGGUUUCGUCGAGUUUGUCAGCGAAGAGGAUGCCGACUAUGCCGCCAAAAUCAUGAACCAGAUCCGUCUAUGGGGAAAGCCUAUCCGUGUGAACAAGGCCUCUGCCGACAAGCAGAAGACUCUGGACGUGGGUGCUGAGCUCUUUGUUGGAAACUUGGAUGCCAUGGUCGACGAGCGCGUUCUGUUUGAAACCUUCAGUCGCUUCGGCAGCUUGACCUCUGCGCCAAAGGUGGCCCGCGACGACGCCAACCUCACAAAGGGCUACGCUUUCGUUUCCUUUACCACCUUCGAAGCCUCGGACGAUGCCAUCGCAAACAUGCACGGCCAAUACCUUAUGAACAAGGAGAUCACCGUUCAGUACGCCUUCAAGAAGGAUGGCAAGGGAGAACGUCACGGAGACGCCGCAGAGCGUGCCCUGGCUGCUGCUGGUCGCGAACACAAUAUCGAGCCUCAAGUCCAACCUCUACCCCCACAACUGCUGGCACCUCAGAUCGCAACCCCUAUCGCGCCACCUACGCCCAUGUCUGCUGCACCGUACGGUGUCUCGCCCGUGACUGGUGGAUACGGUGCUCCUCCGGCCUCCAGGAAUCAGCUUCCACCACCUCCCGCAGCUGCUGGUGUACCUGCCCGGCCGCCUCCCAGCGUUGGUGGUUACAACGGACCGCAAGGCGGCUACAAUGGUCCUCAAGGCUUCGCCCCUCCCCCAGGCUUCGCACCAAAUGGAGCUCCCCCUGGCUUUGCACCACCGCCAGGUUUCGGAAUGCCUGGUAUGCCUCCUGGUUUCCCUGCUCCUCCACCGGGUAUGCCGCCAGGCAUGCCCCCAAAUGCUUACCAGAGACGAUGA